AUGUUGGAAGAGACUCUAAGUUCUCCCACUUAUUCUCCAGCGGAAGCAGCCUUGGCGCUCAUCUCCUUUGUGGAAGUGGAAUUGGCGGCUGGUGGGCCUUCGGCGGAGGCUCGCUUUUUCAAACUGUUUGACAUGUUGUGCGAUCGAGUCUUUGGCACCAUUAGUGAUGGUUCUAGUAAUACUAGUAAUGACAUCAACAACAGUAACGCCAAUACGGAAUACAGACAUCAAACGGGAGGAUGGUUGUCAAGACACGUUCGAUGGGAACGUCCUCGCCAAACCCAAGUGACGGCGAAUCCACAUCAACAUCAUGGUCGGCGGCCAGUGCCUUCCGUGUCGACGGAUCCAGUGGUCAAGUUGUUGGGAGCCAAAACUACUGUAAAGACUCAUUCCGAUCAAGCCACUGCCUUGACAUUGGUGGAAGCCAUGGCCAAGGAAGCCGAACACAGACCCAAUGUGCGGUAUCCAUUUCCCUUCAAGGCAUUGCCAAAGUCGACCCAAACUGCUUGGUUAGCCUUACUAGAACGAGCCAUUGUAGAAGAAGUCAAUGCGCAAGCCAAUGCCUUUGGUGGACUCGUAUCUUCUACUACUCCUACUGCUGCUACUACACCCCAGCAUUCCAUGAUGAGUCCUCCUCCUCCCAUCUUUCCUUCUACUCCUUCCACCCCCACGGCCAAUAAUCCUGUUCCAGGAACCACAGCAAGUAUCAGUGAAAAUGCCGAACGGCUUUUGGGAUCCGUCUUUUGUGUCAAACCCAGAGAACAACAUCAACUACGAUCCUAUCAACAAAGUAUUAGUCAAAAAAAGAAUCAUCAUGCGACUCGACCUCUCCAACUCAGUCCCAUCAUGUACAACAAUAACAACGCUAAUAAUCUUCGAUCGCCAUUGGGCAGCAACAAUAAUAUCAUCAAGUCAAAAGAAAGGGAUGCUUCCAAACCCAAAAUCAUGUUGAGCAUGUUGGAAUAUUAUCUGGUCUUGUUUUUGCGGUACCCCAUUGCGGCACCCCUUGCCUCCGAAGACGACCGUCACAAACCUCCCAUGUCCAGCUCUUCGAGACGAUCCGAAGCCUACGGAGAUUCCGUCUAUUAUUAUCUCUUUCAGGAAUACACCAACUAUUACAUUCCAGUACGAGCACCUCAAGGCCAUGCCAAUACGGGCUUUUCAUUGCAUGGGAUGAAUCGUCCCACGGAAUUGUUCUUGAGAAUUUGUCUAGCCUUGUGGCUCGAAGGUCAAAAUCAAAUCGAACCAAAUACCAAGUCGUUGGACUAUCUCAAGGAAAAGAAAGGAAUUCUGGAUCCAGAUUUUGUCUUUGAUUUGAACUUUUCCUACGAUCUCGUCAAGAAGGUUUCAUCGUAUCAAGCACCACCCUUUCAAGUUCAACGAUGUUUGCACAAGUUGGUGACACGAGCCGUUUCCGAUGGUGCCUUGGCCGAUGUCGUCAGGGAUACUACCGCAGGCUUACGAGGGGGAUAUCCUGAGACGCUCUGCGUGAGUCCAGUCUUGCACAUUAUGCAAUUGCCCUUUUACAAUUACAUUCGUGCGGCCUUUCGUCAUGCGUCGAUUCAUACCCGACAAUCGCCAUUUUACACGGCAUUGAAUGAUUGGCUCGUGUGGCUGGAGCCAUGGAAUACAAAGUAUGGCUACGCGAAAAAGGACCCCAAACAACGCUUGUUGGAUUCACUCCCACGCAAUGCCAAUAUGAGGACAGCGUCGACACCAACAGUCACAAUGACUUAUCCCAAAGCCAAUCAGCGUAGCUUGUAUAAGCCAGAAUGGGAAGCUUACAUUGCUGCCAACUUGCACAUGUACAUCGUUCCAUUGGCCAUUUUCCUUCGCCGGGCUCGAGAACUUGACUUUUCUCCCAAGUUUUACCGACAGUCUUUGGAUGCAGUCUUGAAGGUGUUUCGUGUCUUUUCACCAGAGGUUGUCCAGGUAAUCAACAAGCUGCUGACAGCAAGAGGAGUAGGGCAAAUCGGAGCACAACUUUCUGGAAUUGUCGCGGCCCACGAACGAAACCUGGGAGAUUAUGCUCCUCCAAGCAAUGCACUUUCCCUCUUGUCUUGUCAAAACGACAUGCACAAUCUGCUAGAGGAAAUUUAUCUCCAACAUCUCAAAAAGAUGGACUCCCAAGACUUUUUUGAUCGCAUGAUUUCUCGAUUCGAUGCAAAAAUGGACUCGUGGUUUGGUGGCAAUGCCACCGCCACCAACGAAGCAACGAAACUCAAGAUGCUUGUCGGAAAGGCAAAAGUGAUUGUUGGAUUCCCGGCUGACUACGAAGUCAUGCCAGAAUCAAGAGCUGCUUCCAUGGAAGCCCAAGCUCUUGGUAUGGUGGACCCAUCCAACGACCGCACCACAUCGGGUACGUUGACAGAUGCCGGCCGUGAACGUAUCCUAAGGGGAAAUGUCAAGUGUAACCCAGAAGAUGUGGACUAUUAUGGGGAUAGAAUGCUUGGACGGGUACAGACACAUGAAGUGGAACUCUUGGUGUCACUUUUGGUCAAGGCGUCCCAGUUGAUCAAUGCCAAACUUGGUCUCAAUCCAAAACCAAAUCCGCAUUCCAUGAUUCCAAGAAGAUUCAAUCUUCGAUUCCUUGCAGACUGGCGCAACGUGAUGACAAUCAUUAUCGUCUAUCGGUUCUUGAAGCUCGUAAUAUAA